AUUUCCACACAGCCUCACUCUCACUCUUCCCAUUUCUAGGGUUUUACUUCCCAUAAUCAAUUCAAAACCCCAAAUGCAGCUGAAAUUCAAUUCAAUUCCACCAAAAUCUUCCAAUUGUUAAUCCAUCCAGAAAGCAGAAGAAAUGGCGUCGACGUUUAUGCAGCAGUUUGCGAAGAAGAGGAGUUUACUGAAACGGUCAUCGAAGAAGUACUUGGAAGAAGCUCUUUACAAGAAGCUGCUCAGCGAUGGCGGAGAAGAGCGAUGCGUUAGGGAGAAGCUGAAUCAGUUUAUAGAUUCCCGUAAAAGUGCUUUUAAAUGGGAAGCUGGCCACAGUCUCAAGAUUCUCCGCAGCCGAAAGCUCUACGGCCCUGCCCUCAAGCUGUCGGAGGUAACGGAAAAAAGAGGAAUGAACAAAACAAUCAGUGAUCAAGCGAUACAUCUCGAUCUAAUAGCAAAAAGUAGAGGCAUUACUGCUGCAGAGGACUACUUUAUCCGUCUGCCCGAAUCAUCAAAAAAUCACCUCACUUACGGCGCUCUUCUCAAUUGUUACUGCAAAGAGUCAAUGACCGAAAAGGCCCAGACUUUGUUCGAGAAAAUGAAAGAACUCAAUUUGGAACUGGGCGCCAUGUCAUAUAACAGCCUUAUGACCCUACACUUAAAAAACGGGCUGCCAAAAAUGGUCCCGACAUUUAUCCAAGAAAUGAAAGCCAACGACAUCAUGCCAGAUACUUACACAUACAACGUGUGGAUGAGGGCUCUCGCUUCUGUUAAUGAUAUAUCUGGGGUCGAGAGAGUUAUUGAUGAGAUGAAGAGAGAUGGUCGAGUUGCUGGAGAUUGGACAACGUACAGUAAUUUAGCAUCUAUAUACGCCGAUGCUGGAUUAUUUGAUAAAGCCGAAAAGGCCCUUAAAGAACUCGAGAGCAAAAACGCCACCAAAGAGCUUUUGCCUUACCAAUUCCUCAUCACUUUGUACGGGCGCACUGGAAAUCUGAUUGAAGUGUACCGUGUUUGGCGCUCUUUGAAGCUAGCUUUUCCUAAAACUGCGAAUUUGAGUUAUCUGAAUAUGAUUCAAGUCUUGGUUAAUUUAAACGAUAUACCUGGUGCUGAGAAAUGCUUCCGCGAGUGGGUAUCUGGUUGUCCGGUUUACGAUAUUCGAAUUGCGAAUGCGCUGAUUGGAGCUUAUCUUAAAGAGGGUUCGCUCGAUAAAGCCCAAAAACUGAAGGAUCAAGUUCGAAGGAGGGGAAUCCAGGCGAAUGCUAAAACUUGGGAGCUUUAUCUUGAUUAUUAUCUGAAGAAGGGGGAGUUUAAAUUUGCCGUGAAAUGCGUUGCGAAUGCGAUUACUGCUGGUAGGGGGGACGGUGGUAAGUGGGUCCCACCCACUGCAGUUGUUAAGACACUGAUGCAAUAUUUUGAGGAAAAUAAGGAUGUUUUGGGUGCUGAAAGCUUUGUUGAGGUUUUGAAGAAGUCGAAAGACGAAGUCGGAGCUGAGGUACUUGAAUCUUUGAUUAAAACUUAUGCAGCUGCCGGGAAAAAGAGUGCCGUCAUGCAUCGUAGGGUUAAGAUGGAGAACGUGGAAUUGAGCGAAGAAGGCAAGGAGUUGCUGAACGAGAUUUUGGAGGAAUGAGAUUGUUUCGGUUCGUUUAUCUCUCUGCCGAAAUUUUUACUUUGAAAAGUUUCGAGUUUUUUUUUUUUUUCAUGAAGUAGCUAUUUAACUCGGUUUCUAGUGUUGGUCUAGAAAAGCUGAUUAAUUUGGUUGCAACUCUUUUCUUGCAAAUGGGAUUUGUUUUCUUGUACCCAUUUAUCUUAUUUUGUAUACAAUUUCGAACAAAAUUUUGUAGCUUUUAAGCAACCCAGUAAUUGGAAUUUGGAAUAAUGACA